AUGACGGACCGGCAUUCGGAUUCGCUGCGACCUGACAUGCCUCACAUCAGACUCAACUCGGGUCGUCAUGACCCAUUCACUGAGUCUGAUGAAGGCUACGCACCGCUCACUGGCCGGACCUUGCCUCGGCCUUUGACACCAGCGGCUGUUGAGUUACCUGGCCCGGCAGUUGGGGCUCAGGGUAUCUCCCCGUAUGGAAUCUCACAAGCCCCGGAAUCAUCAGAAUUUCUUCUUCCGCCUAGGUUACGACCAACACCACGCGAUGACUCGGAGCGGUCUGGUUCACCUGAUCGCUGGUCGGCGGCUGGGUCGAGUGUUAGCUCGAUGAGUCGUGAUAGCCGUUACAUGAUAGAUCCAUUUGAUGAUCAUUCGAGGGAGCCUUUGACGCGUUCUGGGAGCGACGACUACGAUAUGAACACACAAACUGUGUCGGAGAAGUUUAAUAUCACACCGUCUGAUGGGCUGUUGCUGUUUCCUGAAGAUGUUGAGAAGGAUGACUACCUGCAUAACCCGGACCCGUUAGACAAAGAUCGUGAUUGCGACAUCUGGAAUCGUCGUGGUGUCAUGAACAUGGGUGGGUUGGCGCUUUUGACAGUGGGAAUUUUGGUGCUUUUUAUUGGAUAUCCCGUUAUAACAUGGGUGGAAGGUGUCCUCAAGCCCAAGGAUGUUUGCCGUCCUGGUGAUAUGCUCUGUCUUGACGUGGGGGACAGGCCUCUUUUGAAUAACAUUCGACACGGAUUAAUUGAUCCCGACACACCAAAGGAGGCUCUCACAAAGAUGAGUUCGGAAGGGAAAGAGUUGAAACUAGUGUUCUCGGAUGAAUUCAAUAUGCCCGGAAGAACAUUUUAUGACGAGGAUGACCCGUUCUUCCAAGCGGUAGACUUGUGGUAUGGUGUGACUAUGGACAAGGAGUGGUAUGACCCCGACGCAGUUACCACGAACGAAGGUGUUUUGGAAAUCAGAUUUGACGACUUCAAAAACCACGGCGUUGCAUACAGAUCUGGCAUGCUUCAAAGUUGGAACAAACUUUGCUUCAAGGGUGGUCGCCUGGAGGCCAGCUUAUCCCUUCCCGGUGAUGGCCACAUCGAGGGUUUCUGGCCUGGUUUCUGGGCAAUGGGUAAUCUUGCUCGUCCAGGUUACGCGGCUACUACAGAUGGUUUGUGGCCAUACAGCUACCACGAUGGGUGUGAUGCGGGUAUCACACCAAACCAGAGCUCUCUAGAUGGAAUCAGCUUCCUGCCUGGCAUGCGUCUACCAGGAUGUGCUUGUCCCGGCUCUGAUCACCCAUCUCCAGGUCGUGCUCGCAGUGCUCCCGAGAUUGAUGUGAUCGAAGGUAGCACACAGCCCCUGUAUGGCGCCGCAGGUGGUCCAUUCGUCGGUAGUGCGUCUCAAAGUUUACAAAUUGCGCCUUUUGAUCUCUGGUACAUGCCAGACUAUGAUUUCGCUGCUGUAUAUGACCCUCGUAUCACGCAAGUCAACGCCUACCGUGGAGGCCCUUACCAGCAAGCAAUGUCCGGCCUAUCAAACCUCAAUUCGCGCUGGUACAACGGCACAGAAUACCAAGUCUACGCCUUCGAGUACGAACCAGGCGAGAAAGGAAACGUGACCUGGUUCAUCGGUGCAGACAAGUCAUGGACCAUAGAUGCCCGCUCCAUCGGUCCAAACGGCAAUAUCGGUCAGCGUGCGAUUCCUCUCGAACCCAUGUCCAUCGUUAUGAACUUGGGUAUGGCGGAUAAUUUCGCCCCACAAAACCAUUCCAUUCGCGAGUACAUGCCUGCCUAUCUACGGAUCGAUUAUGUUCGCAUUUACCAGGAUCCUGAUGAUGUGCUCGUUACUUGUGAUCCUCCUGGCUAUGAGACGACACAGUAUAUUAAGGAUCACCAAAAAGCCUACGAUAAUAAUAACCUGACUAGUUGGAAAGAAACUGGCCGUAUCGCGGUACCAGUGCACCGAAGGAUGAACCCAGCACCAAGACCCAAUGCACCCAACGUGCAAAUCGAAUAUGGCAUAGAAGAUUUUUCUGAAGAGGAAUUUUCAGAAGCCGACUCAGAUGGCGGAAUGUACCUCGACGCGCCUGAUCAAGCAGCCGCACUUGAAUACACUCAUCCGCGCCCAAUCCCGCAGGCAUUACGCGAUGCAAAUGAUUUCUCAACUCUAGCUCCUGGUCCGAAUAGCUAUGUUCAGCAGCCGGGCUCGGCUGGUUCUAGAAAUGCGGUGGCGGGAGAUGCGACAAAACCUAAACCGCGGUCGAGACUUAGUGGCGAGGAACAUGCUGCUUUGACUGUUUUGAAUGAUGAGGAGUUACUUACCAUGUAUGCGUUGAAGUCUGGUCGUACACUACCACAAACACGCCGCCGUUUUCAGGCGAAACUCAUUGCGAAUGGAGACCGUGAUUUAGAGGAAGAGCUUUUUGCUGCUCGCUUCGCUGUCCCGGCUUCCAAGGCUCAUCUUGUUCCGGCGUUGAAUCCUAUUGUUGUUGGACCUGGGGCUCCGGAGCAGGCUCUUGGUCUUAAUAAUACGACGGCUUAUCUUGUGCCUGCUACGUGGAAGGAGCUUGUUGAUCAUGAUGAGAGUGGGUGGUGGGCGCCUGGGCAGAAACCGAGGGCUGAUGGGGGUGGGAGGAGGGGGUUUGAAGUUGGGUCAACGGAUCUAUGA